CCAGAACUUAUCUUCUGUAUAAACUACAGCUGCUUCAUCCAAUUGGAGAAAAAACAUUUGUAGAAAAGAGGCGACAAUGGACAGAGAUGCCCUGGAGGAAGCCCUGAACUCUGCAUACUUCAAACAUAAAGGCACCUACUUCGACGCCCGUAAUACUUCUCCUGAAGUCAUAGAUGACAUAGAACAUAUGGAAAUCAGGGACGACGAUGUGUUCCUUGUCACCUAUCCGAAAUCUGGCACAGUUUGGGCACAACAAAUUCUAAGCCUGAUAUUUAAUGAAGGCCACCGAAAUGGAACAGAACAGGUGGUGAAUGUCAAUCGCGUGCCUUGGGUCGAGUACAAUGUUAGGAACAUGGACUAUAAAAGCCGCCCAUCUCCUCGUCUCUUCUCAUCUCACCUGCCUUAUUAUCUGAUGCCGAGAGGUCUGAAGCAUAGGAUGGGGAAAAUUUUAUAUGUGUGCCGAAACCCCAAAGAUGUCAUGGUGUCCUAUUACCACUUCAUCAGAAUAUUACCACACCUAAAAUUUACAAUGGACUGGGAAACAUUCUUUGAGGUCUUUUUAUUGGGGAGAGUCCAAGGUGACUCAUGGUUUGACCAUGUCAGGGGCUGGUACACGCACAAAGAGGAUUUCAACAUACUGAUUGUGACCUAUGAGGAGAUGAAGAGGGACCUUCGAUCUGUUGUGAAAAAAAUAUGCAAAUUUAUGGGCGUGAACCUCGACGAGAAAGCGAUCGACACAGUGGUGAAAAGAGCAACUUUCAAGAACAUGAAACGAGAUCCUCUCGCUAAUUAUGAUUUUGUUUCCAAUGAGAAAUUAGACAAAACUAAAGGAAGUUUCCUACGUAAAGGGACGGUUGGUGACUGGAAAAAUAUAAUGACAGUGGCGCAAAGUGAGAAGAUUGAUAAAAUUUACUGGGAGAAGAUGGGAAAUCUGCCAAUCAACUUCUUGUGGGAUCUCAAUGAAGAAACUGCCUCCUAGAGUUCUGUUGUCUUCAUAACAACCAUGGGUGGACUCCGAUAGGAAAGACACCUGUGCUGGACCUGUGUCUAAGCCCCUUUCCUCUAAUGGCAACACACCUACAAAAUGAUAAAUAUAUACAGUAUCAAGUAAGUCCACUCCUCACAUACAUCCAUUGUUUCAGCAGCACUCUAAAAGAAAAGUGUUGUGUAUGCAGAGGAGGAAAGGUCGGCACUAGCGAAACUGAGCUUGAGGGUGAAAACGGACAAUUCACUGGACGGGAUGCUACACUAGGUAAUCCUAUAGUGGAAGUGCUCAACCAAUAAGGAUAAAC